AUGGCAUCGCACAAUAAAGAGGCCGUAGCUUUGGCCACAAAUAUUCUUAUAAUAGGAGGUCUGUACGGAGGUCUUUCGGCGUUAGUGGCCUUGAAAAACAUCUUCAAACUGACGCCUCCGCCAAAUCGGAUUUCUAUUACGCUCAUCGAGCCGAAAGCGGGCCUACUCAACAUUCUAGGGGUACCCCGUGCCAUCGUGGACCCGGAGUUUGCAAAAACGCAAUACGUUCCCCUCCAGAACCUCAACGACUUGCCGUUUGACCGCUUGGUCCUGGACGACGAGUACGUGCAGAAAGAGUUUGGAUCUCAAGUUCGUCCCGACAACAACAAGCACUUUGAAAUAACCUAUAUUCAGGGCAGGGUCAACGAGCUACAAAGAGAUAAGGCUGCGUAUACGCUUAACGGUGGCUCGCUGUCGACAAUUACCUUCGACUAUUGCGUCAUAGCAGCAGGAAGAAACCGCCUGUGGCCUACGUCUCCAGACGCCUUCAACUACGAAAGCUACCUCCAGGAAAUGACUAAAUUCAACAAUCAGGCUAAACUGGUCAACAAGAUUGCUGUUGUGGGUGCAGGUGCCGUAGGCAUAGAAAUAGCCGGAGACAUCAAAACCAAGCAUCCGGAGAAAGAUGUGAUGUUGAUACACCCACACGAAAAGUUCCCACCAGAGCCGCUUACAGACGCUUUCAAAGACAUGAGCCGGGAGAGUCUCGAACGUGCUGGCGUCCAGGUGAAGACAGGGUUACGAGUGAAGCAGGAGUUGGAGAAUCACGAUUUGGAACUCACAAACGGCGACAUUAUUGAAGCCGACUUCACAUACUGGUGCACCGCUUUCAAAAACAACACAGACAUUCUCGUUGGCGAUUUGGCCCAGUUUGUUUCGCCGGCCAACAACGUGCAUGUCAACGACUACGGUCAGCUCAGCAACCAGUCAGUUGUUGAGAACAUCUUUUGCAUUGGCGACAUGGUCGAGAAGCCUAUCAUCAAGUCCGCCGGCUGGGCGCUUUACAUGGGUCGCCAGGUCGCCAACAACUUAGCCGGUCUCAUAUUCGAGGAGAGGUUAGUGGAAGAAUUCCCAGAUUUGACACAGAUGCCCAGGGGAAUGGUGCUUGUGGCCGGAAAUGAAGAGAUUGUUUCUGAACUUACAGGAGAGGUGGAGUUGAACCACAAGGGGUAUGUUGAAGAGUACAAGGACUAUUGUUUCGGCAAGGUGAGGGUGACUCUCGGGGCGUAG